AGUAUUUAAAAAUCUAAUUAAAGCUGCAAGAGUGGUCCUUACAGUUCAGGUGUGUACAGGUAUGUAUAUUCACUUUACCAUGUUAAAAAGAUGUACUCUUGAGGUUACCACUUCAGUGACAAUGAAAGGUAGUCUACAGUUUAGUAACCUACAUUUUGCACACGUGUUGCCCUUGGCACAGCACUGAAACUUGUUUCCAUUAGAGCUACCAUUACUAUUUACAAAUUCAAUAUGGCGGCAGUAAAUAUAUAUUUAUUCCCACAGAAGCGAGCGCAGUUUGAAGCAGGUGCGUGUCUCAGGUGAUUGACGUCGCGUCGCUGACGUCAGCAGGCACGGACACGCUGAGGAUGUUAAUUGAGAGGCUGCAGAAAGGUUUGUCAAACGGCAGUCAGGUGACUUUGUUUGACGAUGGUAGCCUCGCCGGUUGUACUCCCCCGUGCCAGAAGUUAAAGAUGAAGGCCGCCGGCAGUCAUGGCUUCCUCAGACUUUGUGUACUGUCGUGUUUCUUUUUGUUGUUGCCCGCGUUCACGUGCGCGGCCGAUAAAAUGGCCUUUUCCCCGUCACACCUCGGGGUGCUGGCGACAGAACAGAGUCGCCGAAAAAGCCACCCCAAACAGAGAAACCCCAACAGUAACGCGCUUUCGAAAAAACAAACGGAGGACCAAAGUCUGCAGUUCAUGUGGAGUCUGUAUAGGAAAGCGGCUAAUGUAGACGGCAGGCCGAAACAGCGCAGAUUGUUUGGGUCCAACACCGUCAGGUUGAUUCGUGCUUCCGUCACCGGCAAGCGCUUCCAUUCCUCAUCAAAUGACCUGCUGUAUACUUACACUGUGCAAUAUGAACUGGAAAACCUCCCACUGAGCAAACUAAACAGGGCAUCUUUCAUUCACCUGAGGUCACCUGUGGCAUCAUACCCUCCGUUUAUGUGUGAAGCCAGAGUCGCUUCCUCACAGCAUGCUAACGACGCCGAUGUUGUCAUUCUGGGCCCUCAGAGCAUGUGGACUGAAUCGGAUGUCACAGCCCGUGUGUCUCUGUUUAAAGGCAGCCUGUUUGUCCUCUAUGUUCAGUACAAGUGCUGGGAAUCUGGCCCGGUUCAUUCUGUUGCAAGACACAGGACACGCAAGAGACAUUUCCCACCGCAAAACCACUUGAGAGCCCCUGCCUUGCUUCUCUUCUUGGAAGAAGAGGGACAUCCUAUGGAAUGGGCAAAGUAUGUCAAAGCCACUUCUCACACUGGCUCAAGGUUGCGCCGGUCCAAAGAACCCGGCAGCAUCGGUUCUGACAUUCCCAACUACAAGCGGUCCAAAAACAGUGUGGGCAAGAACCAGUGCAAGCUCCACUCAUACCGUGUGACCUUCCGUGACCUCGGGUGGGAUCACUGGAUCAUUGCGCCCCCUAUGUACAACCCUCGCUACUGCAUGGGCGACUGCCCACGCAUCCUACACUAUGGCUACAACUCACCCAACCAUGCCAUCGUCCAGACUGUCAUCAGUGAGCUCGGUGUUGCCGACAUCCCUCUACCAUCCUGUGUGCCUUACAAAUACAAACCUAUCAGCGUGCUGAUGAUGGAAAAGAAUGGCAGCAUUGUCUAUAAAGAAUAUGAAGACAUGAUUGCAGAAUCCUGCACCUGUAGAUGACUGUGGGUUUGAAAUACAACCGGAUGUUGAAGAACUGAAUAAAAUGGACUUCUAUGCAGUUCUUCCACCACUUUUGACCUGCUGCUGCCAUCUGCUGCCCAGAGCUAAUCGAUUUUUUUUUGAAGGUAUGCUGUUGGAGUGUGAAGCAAUUAUUGCCUGAUGCCUGAUGGGUUAAAAGCCACCAACUGUGACAAACAUUCUUUCUUUCUUUCAUUAUUCUUUUUUUUUUUUUUUUUUUUUCUGUUUUUUCUGUUUUUUCUGUUUUUGUGUUUGUCUGUGUGCCUUAUUCAUGUGUUUGUGAUGAUGGAGGGGAAAGAAAAAACUAUAGUUUUUUCUAUUUGGACUAUUGAACUAUUUGAUAUGUUUGCACCUGACAUAACUUAAAAAGUUCAUUCAAAAAAAGAAGAAGAAGAAAAAAAAAAAAGAUUUUUUGGAAUAGAAGAAAAAAAGAUCCAUGAUGAGAGAACUUUUGUAGUGUCUUCGUAGAUCAACCUGUAUGUGUGUUUGUGUGUGUGUUUGUGUGUGGCUGGUUGGACAUAAUAGAAAGAUGCUGCUGCUGUUGUGACCUCUUUUGGAAAUGAUGCAUUCUGCACACUUUUUUCUAGUCAAAGGAAGAGGGACAUUUUCUUGAAUGUUCUUUAUCUCUAUGAAAGAUGUGCAUAUGGUUUAUGGAGAAGAAAAUUUCAUAGACAUGUUUCUUAAAGAGAGAUUGAAGAGGUUAAUCAUGAAAUGAAAUGAUUGUUUUAGAGAUGUUGAGAGAUUAAAU